AGGAGACGCGGCAGGAUGGAGCUGGAGCGGCACCCCCCCAAACGCCGGGUACCGGCGGCAGCCCCGCGUAUGGCGGAUCCCCACCCUCUCUUCGAUGAUACCAGCGCGGCGGGAGGCGGAGGCGGCGGCGGUGGUGGGGUUGGGGCCCAACCGGGCCGGGGUUACGGGGGUCCGCCUCUUUCCUCCCCCUACCCACCUCCCGCUUCUUUCCUGAGAGAACCGGUAUCCAGCCUGGCUGUGGUUUACGGCAGCAGUUUGGCCACAGGCCGCGAUAUCGUGGACCGUAACCUCGAUCGGUUCAUCCCGGUGGGGAGACUGAAGUAUUAUUUCGCUGUGGACACCGUCUACGUGGGCAGAAAACUGGGGCUCCUCGUUUUUCCCUUCGUGCAUCAGGACUGGCAGGUGAGGUACCAGCAGGACGCCCCAGUUGCCCCCCGUUUUGACGUCAACGCCCCCGAUCUCUACAUCCCGGUGAUGGCCUUCAUCACCUACAUCCUCAUCGCCGGCUUGGCUCUGGGCACCCAGAACAGAUUCUCCCCCGACAGCCUGGGCUUGCAGGCGAGCUCGGCGCUGGCCUGGUUGAUCGUGGAGGUGCUGGCCGUCCUCCUCAGCCUCUACCUCGUCACCGUCAACACCGACCUCACCACCAUCGACCUCAUCGCCUUCGCCGGCUACAAAUACGUGGGGAUGAUCAUCGGCCUCGUCUUCGGGCUCCUCUUCGGCCGAACAGGUUACUACGUGGUGCUGAGCUGGUGCUGCCUCAGCAUCUUCGUCUUCAUGAUCAGGACGCUGCGGCUGAAGCUGCUCGAGGCGGCGGCCGAGGGGGUGUUGGUGCGAGGGCCAAAAAACCAGCUGCGGAUGUACCUGACCAUGGCCAUCGCCGCCGCCCAUGCCCCUCUUCAUGUACUGGCUCACCUACCACCUCCCCAGCCCCUCUUCAUGUACUGGCUCACCUACCACCUCCUCAGGUGUUGCUUUUAG